CUCGCUGCAGUUCUCCGCCGCUCUACAGUGUGUUUUCGGUGUAUUUUCGGUGUAUUUUCGGUGUUUUUCCUCCGCGUUUCCCGCUCGCAGUCAUGUCUUCCCCCGUGGAGAUGACGGAGCUCUAUGAUAACGCUCUGUUAGGGAUCCUGCAGCACGUCGGAAACGUCCAGAACUUCUUGCAGGUUUAUUUCGGUUUCCUCUACCGAAAGACGGACUUCUACCGGCUGCUGAGCGGACCACACGACCGCAUGGGCUUCCCUCCAGGAGCCGCCGAGCAGAUGGUCUUCAAGACGUUUAAGCUGUUUGAGAAGCUGGCGGAGCAGGACCGCGAGAGAACAGUCAAGCUGAUGGAGGAGAAAAGCGCAGCAGCUCCACCUGCUGUUCAGGAGCUAGAGCUUCAGUCGGAGACGCAGGAGAGCAGAGAGACAGAAGACAACACUGCAGCAUCAGCAUCUUCAUCAGCAUCUGCAGCAUCUUCAUCUUCAACAGAUGAAAGCAGAAACACUCCAGACGACAACAGCAGCGGUGCAGAGAAAACAGCAGACGCUGACAAAGACAACGUUGCCCAGGCUAACGCUGACAGCUACAACGGCGCUGUGCGAGAAAAAUACACCUGGUCUCAGGAUUACACGGAUGUGGAGGUGCGGGUGCACGUGGAGCCUGACAUCAUCAAAGGCAGACAGGUGUGUGUGGAUCUGCAGUCCUCUAGAGUGAGUGUGUCCGUGGCUGAUGGAGGAUCACGGAAGGUGCUGCUGGAUGGUGAAUUCACACAUAGAAUCAACACUGAGAACUCUCUGUGGAGUCUGGAACCUGGACGCUGUGUUCUGCUUUCUCUAAGUAAGUGCAGUGAGGUCUGGUGGAGCGCUGUGCUGAAGGGUGAAGCUGAAAUCGAUGUUAACCAGAUUAAUCGAGAGCGAUCUAUGGCCACGGUGGAUGAAGAGGAACAUGCGGUGCUGGACCGACUGACAUUCGACUACCACCAGAAACUGCAGGGGAAACCACAGAGCCACGAGAUGAAAGUGCACGAUAUGCUGAAGAAAGGCUGGGACGCUGAGGGAUCUCCAUUUAAAGGACAGGAGUUUGACCCGUCCAUGUUCAACAUCCCGCCCAGUGCUGUUCAGUUCUGAUGUCCCUUCCCGUCCCACACACUGAUGCUGCAGAAUCAUCAUCAUCUCGGUUUGAUGUCUGUGAUCAUUACAUUUACCCAGAGUGUAUUAAUAUUAUAUAUUCGUUUUCAGAGGAUGUCAGUGAUGCACAGAAGCAGCAUGAAAAACGUUUUCUUGGAUUUGCUACAGGUUUUCAGGAACGCAGAGAUGGAUUUAUGUUCAGUCUGUGCUGCUGGUAGAUGCUCAUUCAGUUCCCUCAUUCAAUAUUUGUGCCUGAGUCUAUUAAAAACUUUUGCAAACA